AUGGAUGUCACCAAUCUGUUCAGCGUCAAGGCGCCCGUCGAACUAACUCACCAACGCGUUUCGCAUAGGGCAAAGUCGUCCUCGUCACCGGAGGCACGCGCCAAGGGCAUCGGCCGCAUGAUCGCCGAGGGCUUCGUCGCCAACGGAGCCAAAGUCUACCUGACCGGCCGCGACGCCCCGGCCUGCUCGUCCGCGGCAACGGAGCUCACCAAGGUUGCCGGCCACGGCGGCUCCGCGCACGCCCUGCCCGGCAACCUGCAGGACCUCGCCCAGUGCCAGGACCUGGUGAGGCGCCUGGCGGAGCUCGAGCCCGAGGGCCUCCACGUGCUGGUGAACAACGCCGGCGCGGCGUGGGGCGCCGACGUCGACUCGUUCCCGGACCACGCGUGGAACAAGGUCCUGACGCUCAACCUGCACCGCGUCUUCACCCUGUCGCAGCUGCUGCUGCCGCUGCUGGAGAAGACGGCCACGGCGGAGGACCCGGCGCGGCUGAUCCACAUCGGCAGCAUCGACGGCAUCCGCGUGCCGACCGUGUCCAACAUUGCCUACGCCGCCAGCAAGGCCGGCUUGCACCACAUGUCCAACGUGCUGGCCAAGGAGCUGGGGCCGAGGAACAUUACCAGCAACGUGCUUGCUUGCGGGCCGUUUGCCACCAAGAUGAUGAAGGCGACGCUGGAGGUGGCUGGAGACAUGAUUCGGAGCGAGGCGCCGUUGCGCAGGAUCGGUACGCCGGAGGAUGUGGCGGGAGCGAGUUUGUUCUUGGCGAGCCGAGCUGGGUGA